CCAAUGUAUUAUCGAUUCGUGUCAGUGGUCAAGGAACAAUUUCAGACAAUUUCAGACAAUUCCACAAUUUCCCAAUUCCACAUUCAGAUUGAUCACAACAUACCCUUGGAGCAGUUUCCUUCUGAUUUUUUCCAACUUGGAGAAAUUAAUCGAUAAAUUCAUUAUUCAUGCUAUGAGCUGAGAAUAUUGGUCAUCUGUCAACGAAUAUUUUUUUAUUGCUGAUAUGAUGGGGGAGAUUAACAAUUUUAUUUUUUGAAGUCAUGUUUACAUGAUUUUUUUUUCAAAGGUUAAGUUGUUUGGUUCUAGGUUAUUUUGGUUAUAUCGAAUUGAAAAGUAGUUGAAUAAAGAGUGCAAUUCGUGAUGGAUAGGGCUAAGUCGGGAAUUACUCGGGGGCCCAAGAGUAAAAUAGCUCAUCAUCCUCCAGAUCUAUUUGCACUUGGCUCCAAAACCUCCAGGAAUGAGCCCCUAGAGUCUAAGAGGCCUGGAGGAAUUUAUGGGAAAGCUAGCUCCUCAUCAACGUCUACUUCAGGUUCAGACAGGAAGAAAGAAGCGCCAGCACCAUCGCUUCAAUCGCUUAUUCCCCCAAAGAAGCCAAAACUCGGUACUCAUGUUCCGCACCCACGUCCCCCGAUGUCCAGUGCCGAGGCCUGGGAAGUGGUUUCCAUCGACUGUGACCCAGCAGAUCUCGUUCCAAUGGUGUUGGAGGCCAGUGACAACGACGAAGGCGACAAAGUCAUCGGCCUCAUCUGCGGGGCGAUAAAAACCCUGAAGAAUCAACGAGGAAAGCCAGACACCCUCCUCUACAUGGGUCUCAUCUACUUGGCAAAACUCCGCCCCUCGAUGUUCUCCAACGACUGCAUCCUCCACGCCUUGUCCUCCCUCCUGAAGCGAGACCAGUCUCACAAUUACACCAAAAACAAAGGCAGUCCCCUGGUUCCAGUAUUGGCUGCAAAUCUCCUGAUGAGGGGUUACCAUGACAAGAAGAAUUGGCCUGAGAUCUUCAUAAAACUGUACAUCGAGGAUGCCCUGGGUGAUCGAGUUUGGAUUGACCACGAGGAGUGCAAGGGCUUUGUUGACAAUAUUCUGUCUGGAUUCAACACAAGACAUCCUCCAAAAAGUGCUCUACAGCAUGAAUUGUCAGUGCUAGCCCCUCGAGACUGCCACAGCCCCUCGACGAUGGAAGACGAUGACUCUGGCACAUCCUUAAUUCAACUCACUGGUGACAAAGACAAAUCCGAGUUCACUGUGAGCCCUAGGUACUCCCACUGCAUCGAAAGCGUCGAGAAUAUCGUCUUGGAAGCAGUGAAAGAGCAAUUGAAUCGGCGCCAACAGCAAGCGGAAUCAAUAACAAAGAAUUUUUUGAAGCUGCUCUCGUCGACCUGUGGCUUCGUCGAAAUCAGAAAUAUCGCAGUCCCAAGGCUGGAAAUGUGGUUGCACAAUCCUAAACUAAUGAAACCAGCCCAGGAACUAUUGAUCUACAUCUGCUACAACUCCACGACUCACACUCAACGAGAUGUCGAGGUUAUCAGUCAAUUAGUGAAGAUGAGACUAAAGACUAAAGCUGUUAUCAGUCUGUACUUGAAUGGAGUGAAAGAGCUGAUAGGUCUGCAUCCGGAAAAUCUCUCUACAACCCUGAAGCACACGAUCUACAAUGAAUUAUCAAACGCGAGAAAUCCCAACAACAUGCCCAUGCUGGGGGUGAUGUUUCAGGCAGCACCAGAGGCCUCGGCAAAGCUCCUAGCUGAGAUCUUCCAGGAUCUGCUUAUGAACAGAGAGGAUUUUCUGCGACCGCUGCGAGCAUUAUUCAGGGAAAUAGUUCGUGUCUGUCGUCACGACAUCAAUCUCAUAACUCUUGCACGAACCCUGAUGGCAGAACGAGCUCAGAUAGCCCAGCAACUACUGACCUUCGAGUUCAAAGAGAGAAUGUUCAUGGCAAUAAUCGACCUCCUGUGUCUGUGUAUGUUCCUGGGGAUAAGUCCUCAAGUUAAAGAGGCAACACUUCUGUCCCAACGAGGAGACAAGAAAGACGUUGCCUUGUUACAUCAAUUUCAGACUCUUGUGUCAACGAUUCAGUACGAGACUACCUCCUGGUUGCAAACGACUGCGCAACAGACUUACGGAGUUGGCAGGACUGAGAUCCUUCAUGCAAUCCAGAAGAUCAUGCUUCUUGAGUCACUAGAUCAUUAUUACAAGCUCGACAAUUGGCCACCGGAGACUGAGAGGGUUUUGUUUAUGAGGAUCGUGUCUGAUGUGCCUCUUCUCCAGAGUACAUUACUGAGAAUCAUCCUCAUGGGAUUCACUAAGGAGAAUGGCCUGACCCACUCAGAAGUCCUGGACAUUGCUGAUCAGUUAAUAAAGAGGGCUGCAGCCAACUCUACUGAGACCUUUCCCACCCUGGAAAUCGAGAAAAUGGACAUAAUUGAGCUGAUCUUCAAUCUCUGCGUCUAUCAACCCCCGGGCUCCAUCAACAUUCCAUCCGGCUACGUGCCCCCCAAUCUGGCUAUUUCCAAUUUAUACUGGAAAGGUUGGAUAAUGCUAUUGAUCCUGGCUGCACACAAUCCCUCGACGAUCGGUGCGAUUGGCUGGAAAAGAUAUCCAAUCUGGAGAACACUGAUGGAGAUGUGUAUAACGAAUCAUUUUCAGUAUCCUCCACCGACGAUGGCGCUACCAGAGGUGAUUGAGCAAGAACGAGCGAAGGAGUUGCAGAUUGAAACUCUGGAGAAACAGGAGAUACUGGAAUAUGAGUCUCACUUGGCUGCUGCCUCCACAAGGGUUCAAAUAUCAGAAUCAAACAGUCUUUUGCUUUCUCAACUCAUCACAAUGGAUCCCACUGGAAUAGCCAGACGUCCACCCCCAGCUGUUCUCGAGCAACUGCAGUCUGUAAAUAUUUCCCUGAGACUAGGUCACUUACUCUGUCGUUCGAGGAAGCCAGACUUCCUCCUCGACAUCAUCCAACGACAGCAGCAGAGCUCCUCCCAGAGUAUGCCAUGGCUGGCUGAUCUCGUUCAGAACAGUGAAGGCUCUCUCAGUCAACUUCCAGUCCAGUGUCUCUGUGAAUUUCUCCUCUCGACAACAGCUCAAGCUGUCGACAAGCAACCAAGACAGCAGCAACUCCUCUCACACCUCCAAAAACUCCUGACUGAUCCCAAUGAGGAUCAACAGCACGCCUGUGAGGUACUCGAGUACUUCCUGAGAAGAUUAAGCAGUCAGCAGAGCAACAAUCGCCUCCAGGCGAUUACAGGACUCAAACUCGUCCUGGAAUCUAUUCCACUGGAGGACGAGCCCAUGGAAGUGGAUGGAGAGGCUGAAAAGGAGCUCUGGCUCCUCCGAAAACUUCCAUCGAUUCCUCAUUUUCCAGCGGUGAGACCGCUCGUAUCAACAGCAUUGAGAGGUGCAUGUCAAGUCGAGAAUAAUCCAGAAUUAGUUCGUGCCUAUGUGGCAUAUCUUGCUGAGCACACACAGGACGACGAUCUCCCGGAAUUAACUGAUCUCGCUAAUGAGAUAUCUCAAGUGGUCGUCGAGAGAAGCACUAUUACUGCUGCUAUUCUCCCAGAGCCUGAAAAUGAUUCGCCGCAGUGCACACAGACUCUUCAGGCCUUCAAAACCAUUUUCUGUAACUAUCUGGAGAAGGCCAGAUCGCCUCGUGGGGAGGGCUACACCUGGUCUCAGAGUCAGGAUCAAAUUCUGGUGCAGUGGAAUACUGGGGAGGAGUGCACUAUGCACAUUCUUGUGGUUCACGCCAUGAUUAUUCUUUUGACGUACGACGUGAACGACGAGUCAGGGCUGUCAAAUGAUUUACUCGAGAUUUGGUUCCCAGAGAGUGGAGAACCACCGAAAGCCUUUCUAGUAGACACGAGUGAGGAGGCCCUCCUGAUACCUGACUGGUUAAAACUCAGAAUGAUUAGAAGUAAUGUUCCCAGACUUGUCGAUGCAGCAUUGAAGGAUCUGGAGCCCCAGCAGUUGGUUCUCUUCAUCCAGAGCUUUGGCAUCCCAGUGACUUCGAUGAGUAAAUUACUCCAUACCCUGGACGUGGCUGUCCAGCUGGAUCGUGACUCUGUCAAGGAAGCUGUUCUCGAUAAAACGUACAUGGCACAGCUGGUGAAGGUCCAGCAUAGAAGGGGGGCCACAGGAGGUCUAGUGUUCGUUCAGGUCCUCCAGCUGCUGGAGCCUCAAUUGCCUGACGAGCCAGAUCUCAACAGUGAGAAUCUCCAGGAGCCCCUGCCCCAGAGUGCGAUGGUCCAGCAGCAGUCAGUUAUCCAGUGUUCUAUAAAAACCGAAGUGCCUCAUCUCAUCAAUAAACUCUUCAUCGAGAACAUCUCUAUGAACCAGAAGACUGAAGCCUAUCGAAGACUCCACAAGAUCCUCGCCAAGGACCUGCAAAAAUCUCCAAAAGAGAGUGGAGCUGUUGUACUGGCUAUCCAGCACAUUUGCAGCGUCCUCAGUUCGAUGCAGGUGAAGCAGUUCCUCGGAUCACUCGUCCACAUGCCCCAGUACUCCUGCACUCUCAUGAGGAUGAUCCUGCUACCUCUGAAGAAACCCACUACAUCUCAGCAUGUCGUUGAAUUGGGUCGCAGUAUGUGCCUGAACCUGAUUUCCCUAAUUGGUGACAUAAAAGCCCCGAUUCUCCAUAUCCUGCGAGACUUUGCAAAUAUUCACAUGAAGAAAAUCCCGAAGAGGAAAGAGCUGGUGAUUUACACGAAGAAUCGAGACCCUGGAAAAGUUCUAGAGAGCACAGAUCCCCUGAAUUUGGAGAGUGUGGGGAGAAUUCUUUUGGAUAUUUGUCUGAAGGAGCAGAAAAAUGAUCUCCUGGUGGAGGCCAUGGUGAGUCUCUUAGUUUCGGACAGCAAUGGAGGUCUUGUGAGGCCCAGAACAGGACUUCUGAUUGAUUGGCUGGCGUCUGUGGAGCCAGAACUCAUUGGCAUCUGUCCAACUCUGCAGAUGAAGCUUCUCUUUGGAAAGACCAGAGUUCACUUGAAGAUUGACGAGAGCAUAGUGAACUCUCACGCCUGCAGGCCCUAUUUACUGACCCUCCUGACACAUCGCGCUUCCUGGGCCACUCUCCAGAAAUGUGUGGGACAUCUCCUGGAUAAGUGUGACGAUGGAUACGAUCCAACAGCUGUCCUCGACUUCCUCUGGGCAUUGACAUGCAAUCCAAAGUUGUGGCAGGGUCGAGACAAAUUCACUCCAAAGCACUACGUCCCCGAAAAUAUUCUCCUCCUCAACGAGAAACAGCUUUUGACUCUCGUGGCAUACCUCGUCGCCGAGGCAGUGAUAAUCCAUGAGAGACAGAGUCGAAAUGCUGCCCUCACUCAAAUGGAAACUAGACUGGAUCUACUCCAGCAUUGUGUGUCAACAGAAGAGAAAUUCACGUCAAUCGUGGUGAAUUAUUUAGCAGACAGAAUGAUGUACAACAAUAAUGUAGAGUCUGACAUGGCUCAUCAAUUUCUCCUCCAUAUGUACAUGAAGAUACCGAAGGUCAUAACAUGUUUGAACCCAUCGCAAGCAAAAAAAUUUGUGGCUGGAGCAAAUAUCAAAGACUGGACCGGUUCAGUUCUGGAUUGCAUGAGCCACUCUCUCCUCACCGCUCUUGCUGCAACACCCAGACAAAAAUCAUGGGCAUCAAAAUCCCAGGAGUUUGAACUCUGCGCAAGAAAAAUGGCGGCUGUUCAUCCUAUUCUUGUCCUUCGACAAUUGCCAAUGCUGGCGUCGUCCCUAAUGGGCAGGUGUUACCUUGAGUACAACGAAUUUAGAUCUGGCCAUCAUAUGAAUUUAUUCGUCCAGGUGAUGGGUCUGCUGGAGCUCCUCCAGCCUUAUCUCUUCAAUGAGCAGCACAGGGACGCCCUGGAGGACACACUGCAGAAUUAUUUCCAGUGUUUUCAAAAUUAUGGACCCUAUAAAGAUCAUCAUCAAUUGACACCACUUCUGAAUAGAUUAGUAGUCCUGCUGCAGGGGUACAUCUCCCACGGGGCCCAGAGGGCCUUAAAAUAUCUUCACAGGCACAUCCACACCUUGAGGGAGUUGCAGGGCUACUUUCCAGGGCUGACAAACCUCAGGGCACUCAUAGCAUCGAUACCAGGGCCUCGAGAGGGAACCAAUGGAGAGGAGAUAUUCAUCACUGGUCCUCCAACCACCAGAGCAGAGCCCAGUUAUCCUGAUCAUUAUCCUGGACUCAUUGCCACAUUGGCCAAAAUCCAGGGAGACGAUGUAUUCUCUGCACUCCAGGAAAUUGAACACACGUCAUCAAGGAAACCGUCGAUUUUAGAAUUCUUUACUGAUAGUAUAACCGAGUUACUCGUGUCACCACAGGGAAAUAUCAGGACUCUGGCUCACACUCUCAUCACUCGAGCAUUGAAGCAUCGACCUGCACCAAAUCUCAAUGUUCUCUCGGCUUUUCAGAGGUGUCUUGAUAGCCCCAGGUCUGAUGUACUCAUGUCUGCUCUUGAUAGACUUCCAGAUAUUGUUCUCUGCAUGCAGGAACAUGCAUUGCCAUUAAUGCAGAAGGUCUUUGAACUCGGUGUCAAUUCCAAUGUCAACACGAUACUCCAUAUUAAUAAGAGCAUCGCCCUGUUGAAUACCCAGCAAGGGUGUUGAGAGGUAUUGGGAAUUGAGGACUUGGGGUGUCAUUUUCUGGCUGAAGAGUUCAAGAUUACUCCUAUCCUUUUUUAUGUCGGGGUUAUCAUUAAUUUUUAAUUAAUGUGUAGAUGUAUAUGUACAGACAAUGGGGUUUCCGAUGGAAACUUAUGAAACUAUGAAUACAUUUUUUAUUCAAAAUUACUAUUCUUGCUUCAUUCGAUUUUAUUGCAAAUAUCUAUGUACAGGCAUUUUUAAGUUCAUUGUAUUAAGUAUUGAAUGAAUUAAAUAUAAUUUUCGGGGAAAGAGAA